AUGGCGGUGGCAUCACCGCUUUUAACCUCACCACCACCAACAGUAUCUCCAUUUCUCCGACAAACCCGAAGCUACAAAAGGACCUUUAUCCGGUCGUCCUCAUCAGCAUCAUCGCCAAUGGACCUUCACCACCCGAAACGAGUCGUCGUAUGCGGCGGCGGCGUCAUCGGCGUAUGCACCGCUUACUUCUUAGCCAAAAGCGGCGCCGCCGUAACCCUCGUCGAGAAAUCCUCCGUGGCUUGCGCUGCCUCCGGAAAAGCCGGCGGCUUCCUCGCCCUCGAUUGGUGCGACAGCGGGCCCCUCAGUUCCCUGGCCCGCGCCAGCUUCAACCUCCACCGUUCGCUUGCUCAAGAACUCGACGGCCCCAAUUCUUACGGCUACCGAUCCCUCACCACUCUCAGCCUCACCGUCACUGAGUCUCAGAGCUCGAAACCCUCCGGAAAGUCCGCUUUGCCGUCUUGGGUUGAUGGGCCGGGUCGGAGUCCGAGAACCAUCGGGACCACGGAGACCACGGCCCAGGUCCAUCCUCAGCUCUUUACCCGGACCUUGAUUUCGAAGGCGGCGGAGGAUUAUGGCGUCGACGUGGUGAUUGGGAAAUUGGAGCACUUGGGAGUGGACAAUGGGCGAGUGAACUCGGUGGUUUUGGAGGGAGGACGAGUGAUUGACUCGGACGCUGUCGUUUUGGCGCUGGGGCCAUGGUGUGGGAAAUUUGAGCUGUUGUCGUCGUUGUUCAGAGUGUACGGUAUAAAGGCUCAUAGCAUUGUGUUGGAGCCUAAAGAACCUGAGGCUAUAACCCCUCAUGCGCUUUUCCUGAGUUACUAUCCGUCUCAAGGAGGAAAGCCCUUGGACCCAGAAGUGUACCCUCGCCCCACAGGUGAGGUGUAUGUGUGUGGGAUGUCCGCAGAGGCAGAGAUACCGGAUGAUCCGGAGCAAAUAGUGGGCAAUCCGGAGUCGAUAGAGGUGCUGAAAAGGGUGGCAAGCAGUGUGUCAAGCCAUUUGAGAGAAGGAGAGGCACAGGUGAAGGCAGAGCAAGCAUGUUUCCUGCCCUGUACUGAUGAUGGUGUCCCUGUGAUUGGGGAGGUACCAGGGGUUAAGGGGUGUUAUGUGGCUACUGGGCAUAAUUGUUGGGGGAUUCUGAAUGGUCCUGCCACUGGAGCUGCUGUGUCUGAGCUUGUGCUGGAUGGGAAAGCUAGCAUUGUAGAUCUCAGUCGGUUUAGUCCGGCAAGAUUUGUUGGGCUUAAGAAGGGUUAA